AAGGCCCCAACCCCAGCGAGGCCACGCCGCCGCCUCGUCUCUCCUGCUCUGCCCCGCUGUACUCGCUCGUACACACACGAGCGCCACCGCACGAAGCCACCCAGCUGCCCCGCCGCUACACCAGCUCGGGUUGGGCGUGGUCCGACCCACAGCAACGACUCGGACGGCGGCACCACACCAUCGUCGCCUCUCCCCUCUUCUCCCAUCCCUUUACGCUUCCCCGAUUCUGAUUCCGCCCCUCGCCAUCAUCACCCAAUCAUCCGCUCCGCCUCCGCCUAGCACCGCCUCGCCUCACUCGGUCCCCGGCAGCCGCCUCCGCACCUCCUCCUCUCUCCAGGCCGGCCGCCGGCGGCCGCGCCCAAAAGUCAACCCGCGAUCCGCCAGCCCCGGGAGCUCCACCCUCCGGCGCGGCGGCCCCACCAACCAACACCGCCCGCCGGCGCUCCCCCGAUGGGUUCCUUCAAGGGCCACGCGCUCCCCGGCACGCUGUUCCUGCUCGUGGGGCUGUGGCGGGCCUGGUCCGCGGCGUCGCGCUUCGCCGCGGCGCCCUCCGCCUUCCGCGUCCGCGCCUGGAACCCCGUCCCCUGCGCCUCCUCGUCGUCGCCGCUGCGGCUGCUCGAGCUCUACGUCAUCGCUGGCGGCGCCCUCGCGGACAUGUGCGUCGAGGUGCUCUACUCCACGCACCUCCGCAUCUUCGCCGCCGGCGGGGUCAACCCCGCACACCUCAACGACCUUGAGCACGGCGGCAUGCUCCUCAUGUUCUUCCUCUUCGGCGCCCUCGCGCUCGCCUCCCAGCUCCACCCCAGGUACCUGCCCUUGACCGAUGGCGUCCUGUGCCUGGUGGCGGCGACGGCGUUCACGGCGGAGUUCGUGCUCUUCUACUUCCACUCCACCACCCACAUGGGCCUGGAGGGCUACUACCACUACCUCCUCGUCGUCCUCAUCGGCCUCUGCAUCGCCGCCACCGUCCUCGGCGCGCUCCUGCCGGGGAGCUUCCCCGUCGACCUCGCCUCCGGCGUGCUCAUCGCCCUGCAGGGCCUCUGGUUCUACCAGACGGCGUUCACGCUGUACGGGCCCAUGCUCCCCGCCGGCUGCGCCCGCGACGCCGGCGGCCACAUCGAGUGCCGCGCGCACGCCGCCCAGGAGCGCGCCGAGCAGCUCGCCAACUUCCAGCUGUUCGGGCUCGUGUUCCUGGCCUUCGUGUACGCGCUCGGCUGCUACGCCGUCGCCGCGGCCAGGCACGGGCACCCGGACCUCAAGGCGAUGCACGACGAGCACGUCGCCGCGAUGGAAGGUCACGCCGGAGCCGGCGCCGCCGCCGCCGCCGCCCAGGAGGAGUGCGCGAUCUAGUGGCCGCAGCUAGCUGCUGCUCUUAUUCUUGUUGGAUUUGGUAUAGGUGUACAUGAACUGGCUGCUGGGCCGUUCAGAGUUUUCAGAAUUGAGAGCUCGGCUUACUGUAGGGAGUGUACAUUUUGGGAUUAGUUAAAGCGAAAUUACCGGAGCUUUUUCUCCUGAAAUUUACGAAAGGUUUCAUGAGUUGCUUAACUUGAUUUGUAACAGUCACUGAUUUUGUAUGCUUGUUACAUGAGGAAUAGAAUAAGAGAAGGAAGGAUAGUUCUGUGUUCA